AUGAGGAAGAAAAAUCAGAUCCAAGCUCCUGAUACACCAAAAAGAAAACAAAAACACUCCCGUGUAAAAUCUGCUAAAUUAGCGAGGGUACCCAGAGAAGAGGCGCGGCCAAAACAGACAUCACAAAAUAACACUAUAACAUUCAUUUACGGUGGAUGUGAAAGUUUUUCAUGCGGGGAGGAAUAUGCUUGUUAUCAAUACAAUUCCACCGUGUACUACUGUGUGUGCACAACAAAUGCAGAACCCGCCAAAGAAGGCGUGACGUGUCCAAGAAGCACAGUGCCCCUGACGCAACGACAAGCAAUUCACAACGUGAUCCCGCCGCGCCCAUCAAAUGCUACCGACCUCAGAUACCCAGCGUCCCCGCCCACUGCACAAACACCAGAUACUUUUCCAAGCAGCGAAUUUAUCGCAGAAUCUACCACACUUAGAGAUACAGUCAUUUCCGGAGUUUACUCAAGCGCAACUGCACCACUUCUUGUUUCUAUGGUAGCCGGCUGCGGAGUGCUCUUAGUAUUAGUUUUCCUUGGAUUAUUCUACCUCAGAAAACGAAUUUGUAACGUGGAUAGAAAAGACAAACCGCGUGUACGGCCAGGAGAACCUCUGCUUGCUGAACGGUAUAUAACGAACCCGCAGUACGGCGUGUGUGGCGCGGGAACUGUCGGCGCUCCGGUCGCCGUGCCGGGCUCUCCGAUACCACUACCUGCAAAUAAAUCCAGCGAACCUCAAGUGACACUGUUAGAAAGGAGUGCACUCACGUUCCUAGAAGAAGUUGGCGAAGGCUGCUUCGGAAAAGUGUAUAAAGGUGUCCUGAGAAAUACCAGUGCAGAGCAUGAGGUGGCCAUUAAAGUGUUAAAAGAUAGUGCUGGACGCAGUGCAGAAGAAGAUUUUGUAAGGGAGGUCUCUAUUAUGUCAGCAUUCCGACAUCCAAAUAUUUUAACACUAAUUGGAGUAGUUUAUAGAGAUGAUACAAAUAUAAGCCCUUGGAUGGUUUUUGAAUAUAUGGAAUGGGGAGACUUAGCGGGCGUCCUACGAGGCUCUCGAGGUGGAAAACGAUCUGGACUUGUUCUGGACGAAACUGCUUUGUUACAUGUAGCUCUUCAAGUAGCGCGUGGUAUGCAGUAUUUGGCUUCUAGAAGAUUUGUUCAUAGAGAUUUGGCAGCAAGGAACUGUUUGGUUGGAACUAAUUUAGCAGUUAAGAUAGCAGAUUUUGGAAUGUCUCGAGACGUUUAUACUUGUGAUUAUUAUAAAAUGGGUGGAGAACGACCAAUGCCUGUUCGUUGGAUGUCCCCAGAGAGUAUUGUGUAUGCUAGGUUCACCCAUGAAUCCGAUGUGUGGUCAUAUGGUGUAGUAUUAUGGGAAAUUUAUAGUCGUGGGAAACAACCUUUCUACGGCUGCAAUAAUUACGGUGCAACGAAAAAAAUAUUACGAGGCAUACUCUUAGUUCCUCCAGAAGAUUGUCCUCCGUUCGCAUGUGAGUUAAUGAGAGCUUGUUGGGCUAUAGAUCCAAGAGAUAGAAUAGAUUUUGACGCAAUUUGUACUAAAUUAGAAACCGCUCAAGCGGCUGGAGGAUCUAGUACACAAAUAAGACUACCUCGCCCACCUGCAGGUCCCUUGGAGUCUGAGGGCUAUUUGGUUCCUAAUCCACCACCAACUACAGUAGAUUAUUUGAAACCACUCCCAGACCUAGACCCUGACUCGGACUUCAGUGAAGAUGAAGACGGCGAA